AAAAUACUUCCAGUACAUUAAAGUCUUUUCAUAACCAUGCUUUUAAAAAUUUUAAGAUUUUAGUUCUGUGUGUGUAGUUUUACUGAAUCUUUGUACUUAUUCAAAGCUGAUUUUGUUUCACCAGCUGAUAUCAGCAUACAUUUUGACAGCGCGAGCUUAUGAAGCUUUGACAACUGGUUGGAUGUCAAAUUCAUACAUUGCUUGUAUUGACUUUGUGCUCGCUUUUGCUGUUUUUGGUUUCAAUACCAAAUUUGACGUUCUGAAUAUUUAAAGAUUCAAAUUUUCCCAGAAUACGGGGGCGGGAACACAAUAUUAUUUCAUUUGAAUCAACUAACAACGAUGUGGGAUGACGUCAGCUACAUCGGAUAGUGAUUUAGUUUUACCCGGACACGUAAUUAAAGAGAAAUGGCGUAUUAUCAAAAAGAUUGGAGGUGGCGGUUUUGGAGAGAUAUACGAAGCUCAAGAGGUCAGUUCACAAGAAAAAGUAGCUUUAAAAUUGGAAUCAGCACGACAACCCAAGCAAGUUCUAAAAAUGGAGGUCGCAGUCUUAAGGAAGCUACAGGGCAAAGAACAUGUAUGCAAAUUUUUGGGUUGUGGAAGGAAUGACCGUUAUAGUUAUGUCGUAAUGUCACUUCAAGGCCGAAAUCUCGCAGACUUACGACGUAGUACGCCCCGUGGAAUAUUCUCCACAUCCACAAUAAUACGUUUAAGUUUACAAAUUUUAAGCGCUAUCGAGGCUAUUCAUGAUGCUGGAUUUUUACAUCGUGAUAUUAAACCUUCAAAUUUUGCUGUUGGUAGAUUACCGACAAACUGUCGAACAAUUUAUAUGCUAGAUUUUGGCUUAGCUCGUCAAUAUACAACACCUAAGGGAGAUGUUAGACCUGCACGUCCAGUUGCUGGUUUUCGUGGAACAGUACGUUAUGCAUCGCGUAAUGCUCAUAUGAAUCGUGAAAUGGGUCGACAUGAUGAUUUAUGGUCGAUGUUUUACGUGCUUGUUGAAUUCGCAUCAGGUCAAUUACCAUGGCGUAGAAUUAAAGAUAAAGAACAGGUUGGUCAAAUUAAGAACAAUUUUAAUCAUAUGACGCUUACACGUUGCCUUCCAAGUGAAUAUCGUGCCUUCCUAGAGCACAUUGAAGAAUGUAGUUAUUCGGAUCGACCUGACUAUACUAUGCUUCAUGGUCUCAUAAAACAAGCCAUGAUUCGUCGUGAUGUUCAUGAGACUGAUCUUUUUGAUUGGGAACAACCUGUAACAGCAAUAGAUAAUCAACAAACCAAUCCAACAAAUACAUCUUCCAUUCCACCCGGACCUGCAGUAAAUGAACAACAAGAUAAUCACCAUAUGGAUGUAGGUAAUGCACAACCUACUGGUUUCACUGACAGACGAACUCAUACAAAUCAAAAUUUAGUUUCAAAUCAUCCUCAGCGCUCUAUCUGUCAUUAUAAUCGUAACGUUGAUGAUGUUGUUGGUCAACAUCAACGAGGACUUGAUAAUGUGGGUUUGAGUACUACUGGUAUUAACAAUGGAGGGAAUCUCAUGCAUCAUCUAGUCAGUAGUGUGAAUGAAUCUUUAAAGGAUAAUGUGCCGCAACUUUUGAAUGGAAAAACUAUAUCACCAGAUUUAAUACCAGGUGGAGACAUUUCAAAGCAUAAUAAUAAAAUUCACUCCCACCUUCCACCUUUACAAACAGCUGAUGUAGUCGAUGACUUUGGAAAUCAUGAUCCUGGGAAACUAGUCACAGCUACUGUUAAAGAAAAUUUAGAUAGCCGUCAUAAAGGUACAAAUGAUAUUGAUAAUGGUACAAACACAACUCACAAUGUAUUAGGAUAUCAUCCUGUUGUACAUAAUAACAACGAUUUAAGACGUAGUAGACAUUCAACUUCUACUAAAGGUCUAUCUGUUGGUACUUCAAACCGUCGAGCUUCAUUGAGACGUUCAAAUGGUAUGGCUGUACCGCAUAAUAGAAGCCUAACGGAACUUGGAAAAUCAGUCGAAGUAGCUUAUCACAAUUCAGUAUCUAGGUCCAACUGUGAACAAUGCAAAAAUGAUAACUUUACUGAGCACAGACCCUCACGAUUACCUGUUAUCAUGCCUGCUAGACAAUGUCAUCGUGACCAACAAAGUAGCGUUGUAGAUGUUCAUAAUAAUUCAUCCAUGAAGUCAACACGUCCUGCUUGUUCAAAUACACGUUCACCCAUUGUUGUGGCUGAUAAAUGUAUUUUCAUGUCUUCUCCUAGAGAAGAAGGAUAUAAUGUCAUUGAUAAUGGUGGUAACGAUGUAAGCAUUUUAACUGGGAAUUUCGGAUACACCGUUGACCAAAGUCAAGCUAGUAUUGCUCAAAUGACCAAUGCUAUAGCAAUUAGUACUGUAGGUGGACGUUAUGCAUCGGGAUCAUUGUCUCGCUUAACCCGAUUGAAUAGUAAUGCAGCAGGUUCAAUGACCCAGCUAGCUGGUUUAUGUUUAUCGAGUCAAGAUUUAGUUGAUAUCGAUGGAGAUAUCAACAUUGGCGGUGGCGUUGAUGGUGGUUUAGGUGAAACUGUAAAUGAUAAUCAGAAUUUAAUGUUAGACUCAUCAAAUAUUGACUUACCAAAUGAAUCGAUCGAUAAGAAACCUGGUGAAACUGUGACUGAUAAAUGUCCUGUUAUCGAUGUUUCUGCUCAGCCUCAAAAUAAUGUUUCAGAUAUUGGAACAUCAGAUGUCAAAUCUACUCAUCAGGUUUCAACGAAUCAUGCCACUAUCGUGACUGCAACAACGACCAAUUCGCAAUGUAUGAAAAAAGUCGAUGACACUAACAUUAAUAUUACCAUUGCCGGUGCAUUGGAUGAUGAUAUUGGAUGUGGUGAUUAUAUUAAUGGUUCAUUUAGUACGAAUAACAAGGGGUUGCCAACUAAUGUAAAAUCUUUAUCAAGCAGUAAUCUUAAAAAGUCGAAUUUAAAAUCAAAAUUGUCUGGACGUUUGAUCACCACCACUACUACGUCAACAACAACACAAUCAACAUCAUCUGGACGUCAUUCAAGGUUAAUUCGAUGUAAUUUAGAUGAAGUAUCUCAUCAUUCAGAAGGUUUAAGACGAUUCUCUAUCAGUAAUUCUAAUUAUAAUGAUGGAAAAUAUUCUAUGAGAUUGACAAACUCUAAUGGAUCAUCACCACAUGAUAAUGACAGUUGUAAUUUGUUACAUAAAUAUUCAGUAGUUAACGGUUGUAAACCAGUUCCUGCACCAUCACGUCAACGACUUAGUUUAACACCUACAUCUUGGCAACAACCGUCUCGUAAUCGUAGUGUCAAUAAUAAUAAUAGUUUGAAUGAAAAUCACGAUAAAUCAUCUGUGAAUAGUCAUCAAGUGUUUACAUCAUCCUGUGAUCAAUCAAAACCAUCAAUAAAUAAUCGUCUAAUCAGUCCUAGUACAACUGGCCCACUCAGUCGACCAGAUAAAAAUAAUACUACUACUAAUAAUAAUACAAAUCAACAAAUCUUUGUAAAUAAUUCUCAGUCCAUUGAUACUCGUUUAUACAAUCCAAGUCGUGGUCGAAUUCUAUGGAAUAAGAAUACUUCAAAUAAUAGUAGUUAUAAUAAGUCACGUAGUUUAAGCACUGUUUCUGUGAAUGAUAAUAAUAAUAAUAAUACAAACGGUAAUAGUAGAUCACAUGUUAACUGGAAUCGUAAUGGUUUAACUGAACUUCAAGAGAAUAAUAAAACCAAUCGUCUAUCACCAUAUGAUGACAAUGUGUUUGAACGACGUCCAUCGAACGAAAUCAAUACUGAUGAUAUUGGUCAUGUAAUCAGUAGUCGACGUUUUCGUCGAACAUGUAUUCAAACAUUAUUACCUCAUUCAUCGUGUACAUCAUCACAACAACCAUUACCUCCACCUCCUUGUGAAUCAUCAAGUGAUAUUGAUUCCGAUGAUAAAUAUCCAAAAUGUUUACAGGUAAAUCGUCAUGUGAAAAAUAAUAAUAAUCAUAAUAAAGAUAUAUCAAAUAUUAUGAAUAAUCAUUCAUCUCCAUUUAUACAACAUUGUAAUGAUAAUGGAAUUGAAAAUUAUCCAUAUAAUCAUUAUUAUCCUAAUAAUAAAGAGAUUAUUAUUGAUUCAGAUAAACAAAUAAAAAAUCAUUUAUUACAUGAAAAUCAAUCAUCUUUUCCUAUUACUUCUAUGAAUAAUAAAUGUCAUUCUAAUUCUUCUUCAUCUUCAUCAUCGUCUUCAACAUCAUCCUAUGAUAUUAUUGCAUCAAAUGGUCUAAUUAAAUUACAUAAUCAAAUUACAAAUGAUUCAAAUAUAUUAAUAAAUAAUAAUAAUAAUAGUAAUAAUAAU